GUGAUCAUAGUGGGCGCCGGCCUCGGUGGUUGCGCAGCAGCAAUGGCAAUGCACUACCAAGGCUUCGAAGUCUCCAUCUAUGAGAAAGUACACAAGUUCCUACGUCUUGGAGACUCCUUAGGCCUAGGUGAAAAUGCUCUCCGACUAUUGGAGAGGUGGGGACUGCACGAUAAGUUGAUAGAGAUCGGGAACAAGAGUGAGAUGAUGCAGAUUCGAAGGUGGCAUGAUGGGAAGAUAUUGGCCCAACAGCCGUUGAUGGAUAUGGCGGGUUAUAUUGGGCAUAGAGGCGAUUAUCAUGAGGAGUUUUUGGGGCGAGUGAGAGAAUUGGGAAUUCCGAUUAAUAUGGGUUGCAAUGUGGUUGCUUAUGACGAGGAUGAGCCGAGUUUAACGCUGAGCAAUGGAGAGGUCCACAAGGCCGAUGUGAUCGUUGCAGCGGAUGGCAUCAAGUCCGUCGCAAGAGAACUCGUCCUAGGUUUUGAAGACAAACCAAAGUCCUCAGGUUAUGCCUGCUUCCGAGCUUACUUCAAGGGCGCUUAUCUUAAAGAAGAUCCCCUCUGUCGGGAAUUUGUUGAGAAAGAGUGCGUCAACAUUUGGAUCGGAAACGACGUUCAUCUUGUCCAGAACACUCUUCGAGAUGGUGACGAAUUCAACUGGAUCAUAACGCAUAAAGAUACUGAAGAUAUCAAGGAAUCGUGGUUUCAACCAGGAGACAUGAAUGAGGUAAGGAAACUGGUAAGUGAUGUGGAUCCCAGGAUUGGAGCGGCGGUGAGGAAGACGAAAGAGUGCUUGGAUUGGAAGAUUUGUUAUAGGGAUCCAAUUCCGAGUUGGGUUAGCAAGAGCCAUAAGAUUGCGUUGCUCGGAGACUCAUGCCAUGCGCAUCUUCCGACUAGCGCCCAAGGAGCGUCGCAGGCGACUGAGAGCGCUGCUGUGUUGGCAUUGUGCUUGAAGCUUGCUGGGAAAGGCAACGUCCCGCUAGCUACCCGAGUGUAUGAAAAGCUUCGGUUUGAGCGAGUCCGGAAAUCUCAAUUGAACGGAGAGGAUAUACGUGACAGGUGGCAUAAUGCCCUCAAGAAUCUGGAUGACAACGUCGAAAUUGAUCCCGAGACUGUCAAAAUGAGAAACAGAUGGUUGUAUCCGUUUGAUGCUGAAGCGGAUACUCUGCAGCGAUGGCAAGAAGUCUCGGCGCAAGUAUCGAAAGAACUCCAAGCGGGGAACAUUUCUCCACUAUUCGAAGCGGCUCCUGCGAUUCAGACAUCACGGGUUCAUUGACAGAAGCGCCAUGCGCUGUAUAUAGAGAACCGAGAGAAAUAAAGAGUGUCCUGCU